CCACUGCAUCCUCAGUGCGUGCAGGACCACUGCUGGAGAAAGUUGCUUGUGCUGGGACAUUAUUGUUGGAUUAUUGGAAAUAGAGUGUACUGAAAGAAAUAGCCUAGAAAACAGUGGAAAUCCUUAGUACUUUCUUCUUCUCUCUUUUUCUUUUGAAACAAAACGUUCGAUGAGGCUUGUUGGAUCCCAGUCCCAAGAUAUGGAAGAGCGUCUCUCCCCGUCCGCGCGCUUGGGUCGCAGCCCUGGAUCCCAAACGAGGAUCCACAGCAUUGAAUCCAUUUUGGGAUUUAAAGGAGAGACUAUCUUCCAAACGGCUUUUUCUUAUCGAGCUAUGAAGCCGGUCAAAGACGCUGAGCAUCUGUCUUCCCCCAAGAAGGACUCCAAAAACUUUGAAGGUGUGUGUAGAUCCGCCGUCAUGGUCAGCCGGGAUCUGCUGGAUGCGGAUGGAGGUAAAUUAUCGGAUGAUGAAAAUCCCAAGAAAAAGCACCGGCGGAACCGGACCACGUUCACAACCUUCCAGCUGCACGAGCUCGAGAGAGCGUUUGAGAAGUCGCAUUAUCCUGACGUGUACAGCAGAGAGGAGCUCGCGCUCAAGGUCAACCUGCCAGAAGUUCGAGUUCAGGUGUGGUUCCAAAACCGCCGUGCAAAGUGGCGACGUCAGGAGAAACUGGAGGUGAGCUCCAUCAAGCUGCAGGAGUCCUCCAUGCUGUCCAUCCCCAGAUCGGGGCCGCUGUCUCUGGGUAGCGGUCUGCCAUUAGAUCCCUGGCUUACUGGACCGAUCACCUCCUCCAGCUCUCCCCUGCAGUCCCUGCCCAGCUUCAUCAGCCCUCAGCAGGGAGUACCAGCCAGCUACACCCCUCCACAGUUCCUCAGCUCAGCUACACUCAACCACCCUCUGCCCCAUAUAGGAGCAGUGUGCCCUCCUCCACCGUCGUAUCAGUGCUCAGGCUUUAUGGAUAAAUUUUCACUAGAAGAGUCAGACCCACGAAACACAAGUAUCGCCUCACUAAGAAUGAAAGCGAAGGAACACAUCCAGUUUAUUGGGAAGACGUGGUAAACUGAGGAUGAUGCUGGACUGAGACACUCAGAGACUUGUUUGAAUCUCCUUUAACUUUCUAAAUCAGACUCUUUUUGAAGAGAAAUGGUUUUCCCAUCUUCAUGUGUGGUUCAGAAACAUCCUAGAGUUGUUCUUUAAGGAUGACAAGCUUUGUAAAACAAAUUUACUGUACCUUACUGUCAAUUAUUAUUUUAUUUUUUUUACUUUAUUAUAAGUUCAUUUGAUUAAGAUUCAUUGCUAAUUCAAACACACAACUGGACAUAAUUCUAAAAAAUUCUAAAAAAAAAGCACACACACACACACACACACACACACACACAAAACAAUCAUUUAGAACAUUCAAAGAGAGAAAUAAAAAAAUGCAUUAUAAAUGCAUGCAUCUAAUUUCAUUGACCCAUUCAAAAUCCCCAUCGAACCUUUAAAAGAACAUUCAGAGCUAGAAGUAGAAUGUAGUAUGAUGCAGAUGGUCACUUUCCCUAACAUUGUGUUCUGUGUUUUUACAUUGUACUGAUUAAUAUUGUAUUUUAUAAUAAAAACAUGCUCAGAA